AUGGGCCUCUGGUCAACGACAGUGGCGACGACGAGCGCUGCGAUCAGCGCAACAACAGCACUUCAUAAGCAAGGAGCCUUCGACAUGGAUAGCAUGGCACUUUACAGGGCGCUGUUGGUGAUAAGCCUUCUGAUUGUGAUCAUUGGUGCAUGGAUAGUGAUCCGAUUUCUGAGGCACAAUAAUGGCCCACGAAUUCGAAGAUAUGAUGUUUUGUCAUCGAAGCAACUUGCUGCGGAACAGGGCGUUGCUUCAGAAGACAGUGAUGAGGAAUUGUUCGGGUCAUUGCAGCUGGAUGAUACGAGGCGUUUGGUAUCCGAGAGCGCACCGCGCUGA